CCCGCUUUGUAGGUGUUAAGCCAAGCCGGUCAUACUCCAAAAACUACCCUACAUAUGUAGAAAGUACAUAAUUCUCCAAUCAUUCGAACAGACCGCGACGAGGCGACACGCGCUUUUUCCAACGACUAUCCAAAUCUCCGACCCAGAUAACUCGGGCCAUCUCCCCCCAUACAGCCAUACUGCCUAUUCCCAAUCGCGAUCGAAAUUGGUGUCGCACGCUUAAACGGUGGAGCUACAACACUUUAGUUCCAACCAGUCCAAGGAAUUAAAAUCAAAGUAAAGCAGAAUAAGAGGCAUAGCAAGGCCCUGAAUCGGGGCCAAAAUAGUCAAGAUGCAGACCGGCUACCGCCCUUACCCGCAGCAACAGGUGCCGCCGCAGCAGCAGCAGCGUACCCCCCAUUCGGCCGGGCAGCGACGAGGAGGCAUUGGUCCUAUGAUGUCGUCCGGUCCUCAUCACCAAGUUCCCCUGACUCAGGCGCAAAUCGCCCAGCAGCAACAGGCCGCCGCCAUACAGGUCGAGAUGGCUAAGCGCCGCAGCCGCAAGCCAACCGAUAAGAACCUUCCUGAUAACAUCGACGACUGUACCGUAGGUGAUAUGGCGGUGAGAUAUCGAGAGCUUAGGGACUUUGAGAGAAGACUCGAUGCGACGAUGACGAGAAAACGUCUUGAUAUUGUCGACUCUGUAAAUCGAAGUGUCAAGCGCUGGAAGACGCUUCGGAUCUGGAUUACCAACACUGCAGAAGAUCAAGUCUGGCAAGGAAAUAAUCUUGUCGACACUUUUGAUUUUAGUUCUAAUCUAGAGCCCACUUAUCGCGUUAAGAUUGAAGGACGAUUGUUGGACGACGAUGAUGAUCUCGACAAGGAUGAUGAUAGUGAAGAUAACACGGGCGAAUCCGACGACGCUGACCGCAUGGAGGAAGACACGAAGCCGAAAGCGAAGUCUCCGAAAUAUAGGUUUUCCCAUUUUUUCAAGGCCUUGAGCGUAGACUUUCCUAGCAAUCGGAAGGGCAUCGACCAGGUUGUCGAAUGGAAAAAGCCGGAGCGUGCUGGUCCUUCGUCGAGUCUUCCCGCCGCUGCCGACUUCGACGAACUAACCUUCAAGCGUAGCGGAGACGAGAACCUCAAUAUUACGAUCAAUCUCUACAGACAUGAGGAGCCCGAGCGGUACGCUGUUAGCCAGGAAUUAGAAGACAUCGUUGACAUGUCAGAAGCUACACGACAGGAAAUAGUCAUGGGAAUUUGGGAAUAUAUUAAGCUGAUGGGACUGCAAGAGGACGAAGAAAAGCGCAAUUUCCGGUGUGAUGAUCUAUUAAGAAAAGCUUUUGGCAUCGAAGCAGGGUCGAUUCCUAGGCUGCAUGAAUACAUUACACCGCAUCUAAAACCCUUGCCACCGGUCAAGCUUCCCUACACUAUCCGACUGGACGAAGAGUUUCACAAAGACCCACAACCGACCGUCUAUGAUGUCCGCGUUGCUGUAGAUGAUCCACUACGGGAGAAGAUGUCUUCGUUCCUUAGCAAUGCUGGUUACGCCAACAUGCUGAAGGAAGCUGCUUCCCUUGACGACCAGCUCGCUAUCAUAAUCCACGCGAUCCACGUGUCCAAAGCUAAGCACGCCUUCCUGACGUCUCUUAGCGAGGACCCUGCCACUUUUGUAAGGGACUGGUUGAGUUCGCAGAAACGUGACCUCGAUAUAAUUAUGGGAGAGUCGAUGAGAGGCACCGGCGAGGAUGCGACCGGAGAUGAGUGGAGAAAGGGAGGCAAAGAUAGUAUCUGGUCUACCGUCAACGCUCGCGAAAGCGUUACGGUGAUGUUGUCCAAGCAGUCUGUCUUGCCACAGCGAUAGCUCCUAGGUUAACCCGUGAGGCAUUUAGGGAUCAAGAGGAAAGGAGAUGGCUACCUAAGUAAUAGUCAUGAGAAUGGCGUAUGGCGUGCUAAUUUAUGGCUCAGGAUUACGGGUCUAGCUCGUAAUCUCCUGGUGUGUAGUAAGAGUCGCUCGAGACAGAGGUUCUAUAUCCCUGUAUUAGUAGAAUGGGUAUCGGUGAGAAAACGUUUCAGGGACUAGGUCUAAGAAUCAAUAUGACCAGGGGGCAAUCUAUGGUCGCUUUGGGGAGUAAAGGGGGUAUUGUGAUCUUUGAUUCGAGUUUCCAGUAUAGCAAUUUCAUAAUAAACUGACAUAACAUCCGUUAA